UUAGUAUUCAGGAAGGUCAUCAGAAGUAUAAACUGACAAAGAUUGUGACCUUCACCCCACGGUUCAUCAUUAAAAACGAUUUGAAUGAAGAUAUCAACUUCCGUGAACCAGAAUCCAAGAAUAUCAAUCCUGUUAAAGCGAAGAACCUUGCACCCCUUCAUUUCCUUAGGCAAGGGAAUGUCAAACAGUUGAUGCUUUGUUAUCCUGUGAAAGUGCAACGGGUGAAUAUAAUUUUAAUGACUAGGUCUGCUCCGAUCAACAUCAAUGAACUUGGACGAGUUCACCUCAAGCUCGAAAAAUCAGAUAAAGAGCUUGAUUUGAUUCGAACAGAGAUUCUACUUGAGGACGCUACGGUCUUUGUAAUCUUUACUAAAGAGGAGGGAAGAUGGCCUUAUCGCAUUGAGAACUAUUCAGAUGUGGAUAUUGCGUUUUACCAACAG